CGUUCACCAGAGCAAGGCAGGUAGUGAGGACAAGAGACAGGAGCAAUGUCAUGGAAUAGCCAGGGUCAUCAACAGUCGGGCAGCACGGUACAGAAUCAGAAGGAAAAGCCAAGGUCAGGAGCAGAGCCAAAGUCAGGAACCAGUAUCAAUCAGGAGAGCAAUCAGAGUCAGGCCGUCUUGCGCCAAUCUUCGCCGUGCGUGUGCGCGAUCGCCGGAAAUUCUUCUGUGGGAAUUCCUAUGCGCAUUUCCGAUCGCGGUUCUUUUUGCCGGAAAUCCCUUACACCG